AUGUCUGAUUCUUUCUGUAGUUUUCUCUCAACCACUCCAAAUUCCAACCAUAAUUCUCAUGCACCUUCAAAAAUCUCUUCCGUAGUUCAACCUUAUUGCAUUUGUACACAUUGCAAUCAUCUCCUUCCCUUCAAUCACCAUGCCGGAACAUUCGAGUGCAGGGGCGCGAACCAAGGUCCAAGCAAUACUAUGCAGCCACAGCAAAGCUCAAGGUGGAGUCCAACUCCAGUUCAAUUAUUAGUCCUUGAAGAAUUGUAUAGGAAAGGCAUGAAAACACCAUCAGCUGAACAAAUCCAACAAAUAGCUUUGCAGCUUCGUCAAUUCGGGAAGAUCGAAGGAAAAAACGUGUUCUACUGGUUCCAGAAUCACAAGGCAAGAGAGAGGCAGAAGCGUCGUCGCCGGGAGAUGGAGGAAACAACUGGUUCUUCAACUCAAGAUAAAAAAGAGAAAGACAAGUACGUUAUGAGCAAUUCAGAACCUGCAGGAUUGAAAGAGACAUGUAGUGGAGUUAAAGAGACAAAGAAGUGGGCAACCACUUCAAACUGCAGUGAACAAGUAGAGCAGAAUAUAGUCGAAAAAGGAUCGAUACAAGUUUUGAGGAAAAACGUAGCUGCAGAAAGUGAAGAAAAGUGUCAAAAUAUUGAGAUUCCUUAUUACUUCACACAUUUUACUUCGGCGGCGUAUAGAACAUGUAGUAAUAGUAACACACCUCAAAUCUAUGAUUUAUUACCAUUUAACAAAGAAAAUUUCAACUAUUAUGAAGAAGAAAAUGAAGGUCUUAGGACACUUGAUCUUUUUCCAGUUAAGGAGGAUGAACAAGAUGGAAAAUCUAUGUUGUGUGUUAAUGAUUCUAUGAACACUGAAGUCACAUCUUCUUCCAACCAGUUUUUUGAGUUUCUUCCUUUAAGAAAUUGA